AUGUGGCGGCCAGACCCAGGACCCUGCGUCGCACAGGUGGCCGAUUGGGGCGAGCACCCGGAUGAUGUUGAGUACAUUCGGCAGCUGAAGGCAGUGCCCAAGAAAAUUCUCAAGAGGCGCGAGAUAGUUGCCAAGGACUUGGACAUCAAGCGAGUGUGCCAGAAGCAGGGAAAGGUUCACUUCUCCGUUGCUUGCUGGAACUUGUCCGAGUACUCUCGGAGUGGUGGCUUGGAUGCUCAGGCUUCGAGUCUGAUCCAUGUCUUUUACGAGGGAAAGGACGAGCGCAAGGUUCUCAACGUGUUCUCCUCUGCUGGCAUUGAACUUGAGUCUGCUGAAGCCGUUCCAGUGGACCCAAACUCAAGCAAGCGCCAUGAGCAGCAGAUCAUGUACGCCAAGGAAUGCUUGUAUAUCCAGGACGAGAACACGUGGGAAGAGGGACAGCCGCUAUCUCCAGAUGAAGCCAAGCAAAGGUUCCAGGGCCGCAUGAAGGCAUAG